CGUGGCGCCCGCAAACAGAAAUUCACCAAUAAUGUAUUCGUCACAGCUACUUAAGUACUACUGGGCUGUGUGCUCUCGUGUACCCCGUGCUGCAGAGAGAUUCGCAUAGCUUGGCGCAGCCUCACAGCAAAUUGACGUCCAAGUUGCUGACUGCAGCCACUAGGGCUGCUGUUCCGGGAGUGGCAGGGAUUUUGGGGCAGCAUGGACAACAACGAGGCUGACAACGAGUUUCUCAUUGUUGUCAAAGCAUUCAAAACUGCUGCUAAAGAUCGCGGCGUGAAGGGCGCGAAGCUAGGGCAGCUCGUGAGCUUCCUGGCCUCGAUGCCGGCGGAGGAGCGCCACACCUUCAUUCUUCCGAUGGCCGAUGACCCCGAGGCACUGUUUGAGUACGUGCAGAUCGGUUACAACAAGGCUCAAGGCGUGGCAUCUGGCUCUCAGGACAGUGCGAGCAUCUCAACGGCGCCGGCUGUCGGAGCUCCCGCGCCCACUGCGCAGCAGCCGCACGUCGACAUGGCGAUGCUGAAGGACGCGCUGGCGGAGCAGACGCGGCCGCUGAUGUCCAAAUCGCAGGAGGUGCUGGCUGACAACACGGCGCGGCAUCACCACCCCAACUGGGCCGAACUUCGACGGGAGUGGGCCAGGAGCACGGCGGCAGUGCCCAAGCAGAAGAAGGUGUUGGGACUGUGUGGGAUUUUAGUGCUCGUAGCCAGCGUGUGGCUGUGCGCCUGGAACUUCGGAGCGGCCAUCGGAGCGGCACCUGUGGCGCUGGCCGUCGUACUGCUGCUCGGCCAACGGUACUGCCGCGUGACAGUCGCGGCGGCUAUGCAAGUGCGGGCAGCGGCAUGGGCUAGCCUGUCGGCGCGGUGGGCUGGUGCCGCAUCGGCUUCCUGGAGGGCGUGGCUCAUGGCAGUUAUCAGGGCUGUGCAGUUUGCAGUCCGGGCAUCGCUGUGGCUCUUGGUGUGGAUCCCGGUAUCCACCUGUACCGGCAUGGUGUCACGGCUCGAUGAGUACUGGCCGUUGUCAGUGUCCGUAUGCGUCUUCGUCGUGCAGGUGUGUCGUGCGGUCAGCGGUGGUGCGCUGCCGCCAGCAGAUGUGAGCGCUAAUUUGCUAUGGCUAGUGGGCGACAUCAGGUCCCUAGCGGGCAUUGCGCUCUUCUCCUGGAAGUCCCUGCUGGUGGCCCAGGAGCGUGGGGCUUGGAUAUUGGUGAAUUGGUGCAAGGAGUGGAUGGGGUGCGCCACGGUUGUGGCGUAACUGUUGAACGUUAUAUGGGCACGACUUCCUGGUCUUACUUGUGACUUGUAACACAGCUGUACAACAGAGCUGGAGUACCGAGCCCUUGCCUGGGCAGUACCAGCCAUUACUUGUUAUAUGUACUUUGCUGCCGAUACCGGCAUACUUUGUAUGAUGUGUAAAGUAGUAGAUGUGGCAGCGUCCUGCUGCUGCUGGUCGAGGAAUGUCUGUGGCAAUUCUUCCCCGCCGUUAGAGUCGCUGCACGGCGUCGAUUUUGCGUCUCAAUAGGUAUCUCGGCUGACCCAUGGGCAUACAUGAUGCAUUACUUUGUGUGUUUGUGUGUGUGCGUGUGUGUGCGCGCAAAAACGAAAGGAAAGCCCGCCCAGACGACGCCGUGUGUUCGUGUGUGUGUAUGUAUGUCUGUGUAUGAUGGAUGUGGUCGAGAUAGAUGGUGCGCACGAUUCAGCGUGCAAUCCUAUGCUUGAAAGUACCAACCAGGACGCCAGGACGAGUGACCGGACACGGCGCAGGUUAGUGCCCAUGCCGCCGUCGGAGUUCGAGUAGCAGCCUGUGGGAAAAGCGCAUCUUAUGCGCUCCCAAACUUAGAUAAUCAGCGUCUGUUGCUGACUAAAUAUGUGUUUGCUUGAUGGGUGCGUGUAGCGAGUCUGCAGUCCUUCUGCAGUUUAUGCGAUGCUUGUUGAUGCGCGUAUGCGGGUGAGGCAAUUGCCCCCCUAUGCGUCGUCUUUGUGCGCACGGCAGCUCAUGAGGGCUGCUCCUUCUCGAGCUCUUCGGUUGUACUCCAUCAGCGAUUGCAUGCAAUCGGAGCCCCACUGCAAACCAGGGGAGGUCCGAACUUCGGCUGCCAGUGGAGAGCAUUCGAGUAUAAACGCCCUGAGGGGU